GCGAGCAAACAACUGAUCUUGUUGACGGACUAACGGAUCUAAUCAGCACCGAAGCCCGGGACAGCAAAUACAUCAUCAAAUAUAUAGCAUCGAAGAUAUAGUAUCAUACAUUUAGCAUCACAUACACAUCAACUGGGAACGCUUGACACCUACGGGGCUGAAGACUCCGGGAAAAGACUCCAGUUAUCAUGUACGAUGCAACAAGGGUGCCAUCUCCAAAGGACGGUUCAAAAGAGCUGACCAAGCCAUUGAUCCCUGCAGAAGGAACAGACGUGGGAACAACAACAGGAGAAGUUUUAACGUCAUCAACAACCGAACAUGCGAGAACUGAGGAAGUACAGUCUGCUGCAGAGGAGGAACAACCUAAACCAGAGCCAGUUCUGGUGAAAAAGCCACAAAGAGAGAUACUGGACCAUGAGAGGAAGCGGAGGGUAGAGCUCAAAUGUAUGGAGCUCCAAGAGAUGAUGGAGGAGCAGGGGUACACCGAGGAGGAGAUUCGGCAAAAAGUGAGCACGUUCAGGCAAAUGCUGAUGGACAAAGAAGGUGUCAUUACCAGAGAGGGCUCACAACCUUUGGUCAACCACUUGCACUACUACCCUGAAAAGUAUGAGGAUGACGAUGAUUUGAUUGGCGAUGAAGGCGGAGAUUAUGCCUAUGAUGAUCAUCACAGUGAUAACAGACAGGGGAGGAAAUCAAACAGUUCCCCAUCCACUUGUCCAAAGAAAAGAAAGAAGAAAUCCAGAAGAAAUCGGCUUGGCAGUGUAUCACCUACUCGCAGAGAGAAGAAGAAAAAGAGUGGGAAGAAACACAAACGUGACAGGUCUGCAUCUGGCUCCAGGAAAAAGAGGAGGUACAGGUCGGGAAGCCCGAAGGACAAACACAGAGACAGGAGCAAAGACAAAAAGAGCUCCCCAGCUGAAACUCCCAGAAGGAGCAUACAGCGUCAAGGCAGCUGUUGCAGAAGCCGCAGUGCCUCCAUAAUGUCCAUGCGGAGCACCUCUAAGUCUCCCAGCAGAAUGAACUGCAAACACAAGAAGGAUCGAAAGAAAGUAGCUUCAGUGUCCUCUGGCCCCAACAGUCCUAAUGCUUGGCCCGAUGGCGACCACAUUCAGCGCAGUCACAAUGGCAAAGCUGGCAGACGCAACUACACUGAGGGCGAUAAGGUGCAAAAUAAACUGCGCACUUUGGCUCCUGGCUCUACUAGUAUCCAGUCCACUUUGCUGAAAGAACAGAAGGUCCACUGCAGGAGUCAGGGCGUGCAGCUGCGUGAGUCGAGCGAUGGCGAGAGUGUGGACGACAAGGCUGCGGCUGUCGGUCACAGGUCAGGGAGAACGCAGAACCAGCGAGAUCACAACAGGAACUCCUGCUCUCCCGCUCGCAGCAGUGACUCGGCACACUCCCAGCACGAUCACACUCACAGAGGGAGGAGCCGGCAUCAGAGAAAGACAAAAAGUGGCCAUUCCACCAAACUUCACCAGCGUUCCGGUCGAGGUCAGGGAUACCAUCGCAGCCCAUCAACAUCUUCAGGCCGCCACUCGCACACGUCCGACAGAAAGAAGGAGGCAUCACGGAGCAAACAGAAAGCGAGACACCGUAGCAGCUCUUGGAGCAGCGAACGCUCCUGGGACCGUGGCCCCAGCAAGACGAGGGCCCCUAACGCAAGACAGAAUACCUCCAGAGAAAGAGACAGCCAGAACCGCUGUGACAGCGACACUGACAGCCGGGCCCGACGCCGCUCCCGGAGUUACUCGCCCAUUCGCAAACGGAGGAGAGAUUCACCCAGUUUCAUGGAGGCUCGCAGGAUUACCAGUGCCCGGAAACGUCCAAUCCCGUACUACCGGCCCAGUCCUUCAUCGUCCAGCUCCGACAGCAGUCCCUCGCGCUGCAGUCGCAGUCGGAGUCAUAGUUACAGCAGCUACAGUCGCAGCCGGAGCCCCAGCAGGAGCAGGAGUCCGAGUGGAAGCUGGAGUCGCAGCAGGAGUCGCUCUCACAGUUACUCCAGCCACAGCAGUUCUGACAGCCCCGGCUUCUAAGGGGAAAGCCAAAAUGAAACAAAGGAGACUGCCAUCGGGUUUGUUAUCUAUUCCUUUACAUGGUCCAAACCACAACCACCACUGCAGUCUGUAUAUAUAUUUUGAUAAAAAUCAGAAAUUGCUACUUACUGUACAUACAGUAAGAAUACUGUACAUACAAGACCAACACUUUUUUUUUAAUUUGGCAAAAGGGUAUCUUUUAGCUGGAAAUCAAACACAAGACUUUUAACGCGCUCUUAGACAUGGCUAUUGAAAAGAAAAAUGUUGAUUACAUUGGGCCAGGAAUGCCUAAACUGCAUGACGGCAGUUAUUAAAACGAAAGGAUAGGGGCAACUUUAGUGCAUUUUGUAUAUAUUGGGCCUAAUCUACUAAAGGUUUGCUUGUAUUAAAAGUAGGGUUGUGUAUCUUUUUGUGAUGGACGAUUUGUUACACAUCUAGAUACAUAUGGAUUACGAUAUGAUUAAAAAAUGCUAAAUUCUAAAAACAGAACGAUUUGAUAAGAUUUGAUAUAGUGUACAAACGAUUCGAUAAAACGUCAUCUCAUUUGCAUAAUUGAUGGCAAUGGACGCUGUCAAAGUGAGUAAAAAAAUAUAUAAUUAUGAUUAAAACUGCAGAUUACCUUUCUUCUUUUGAUUCUUAGUAGUCUUUUUUAAUCAAUUUUGAUCUGCAUCGAUAAAUGUUAGAAUAUCAAAUUUGAUUUAAAAAAUGGAGGGUUGUGAUAUUCACUAACAAACCAUAUCUAAUGACUAGCUCAUUAACAUGAACGAUGCAAUUGGGACGUUGCAGUGAUUUUAUAUUAUCUUGACAUGACAUUGAAGAAAUAUUUACAUCUCGCUCUUUAAACCAAGGUGGAAACAGUGGCAACUUUGCACAUGCGCAUUUUAUUUGCAGUCUGGAGGCAUGUGGAUCUCCUCUCCAAGACUCAAAAAAAGUCUCCAAGACGCAAAAAAGUCUCCAAUAACACCGGAAGAAGUAGCUAGAUUUUUUUUCGCUAGUAGCUGUUGAUCAAAAAAAGUAACCAAGAGGAUUGGAAAGUCACCAGAUUUAGCGACAAAGUCGCCGAGUUGGCAACACUGUGCCCUGAGAACAACACCGUAGCAACAAGUUCUGGGCGCCCAUAAAAAAAGUUCUUCCUGAAGAACCCCCUGGCUUCGGAAGGAGGAUAUGGCCUAAUAUUUAUACUCUAAACAAUAUUUUAUUUGGUAUAUAAAUAAUGAUAAUACCAUUAGAAAACGGGUCACAAAGGCUCCUAUUUGGCUGCUGACAUAUAAAGUAAUAUAUUAUCAUUUCCUGUAUUUAAAAAAAUCAAAAAUGCUACUUGUUAAUUUACUGUUAAUAGCUACUUAUUUUCAGUUGAAACAUAAUUGUAUCUACACUUCUUUCAGGAUGUAAUACAUUUUUUCUUCAGGUUUUUUUUGAUACAUUACAUUAGUUUGGGGUGACACUACAAUUUUGGUUAUGGUUCUAACAGGACAGUAUUGGUCACACCAAUACUGAUACUUUACAUUUUCAAGAUCACUAAAUAAUAACAUUUCUGAUCACAAUUAUAAUCAGACAAAAACACAAGAUCGAGGUGUAAUUAUUUCUUACUGUUGGCUCUGAUUAAAAUCAUUAGAUUUUUGCCCUUAAAGUUCUACUGUGUCCAGGGACUUAUUUACUGAGUUUAUAAACAAAAACGAUGCAGAUUUUGGGAUAUCGAUAUUGAUCUUACACUGUAGUAUUGACCAUAUGCUACUUGGUAUCGUUACUAUUAAUGUGUCGAUCUGCCCACCGCUGUGAACUCCAUUUUAGCUGUUGGCACCGAUUAGCAUGGCUUAUUGUAUCUUCCUACGACAUGUAGUGUAGCAUGUUUACCAGUUCUCGUCUUUCAGUGAUACUUGCAACAAACUUAUCUUUUUUGCUGCCAUGGAGGCGAGGAUUGCUGACUUAGAAGCAGCUUUCCACUGGGACGGACGUUAGCCGCUAGCUUGCUAGCAAAGGCGCAUCAGUGGACAGCUCUGCUGCUAAUUACAUCUAUUCUCGUCUUCAGUAAGGUAAGCUAACAGAGCAUGCACACAAAUCAUUUUGCGGAUAUUCCUGGCUCUCGCAUUGUUUAAAAGACAAACAGUCAGCCGAUCGCUAGUCUGGUGCGAUACCAGGUCCAUGUUUCUACACUCGAUUAACCUAAAAAUAUAUUUUUUUACAGAAGUACUGUUUUUUACCGUUUGAAGUGGCUUCUGUCAGCCAAAUCGCUCACUUGUCAAACCGGAUAUCUGGUCACAUCGGUUUAUCUCUCACAACCCUACUUAAAACACAAGCAAACUUGUAACACACAAAGCUGAUCUACUAAAGUCGUGCACAGAGUGUUGCCUCUCUUAAGUGAGCAGAACAAGGAGCGCAAUCCAUUUUGCUUGUUUGUCUUUAUGAAUAUGCAGAAUAUACAGUAUGCAGCAACAAUACUGAGAGGAGUAGAUGCAAAUAAGACUAUUCAGCUCACGCAGUGUGAACUGUCUAGACUGAUUAGUGUUCUGUCGGAAAUAUAUUGCGGCUGUAUGAAAUCUGUGUGCAAACUGUCACAGUUACACACAAGAGUCUCUCUUGUUUGUAGAUGAGGAUUCUAUAUUGCAAAAAAGGUGUUACAGAUUAUAGAUGCUGCUUGUUCAACAACAUCACACACAGGUUGGAGAGCAUGAUAACAUGAAUGUGGAGGGAAAUUAGUGUUUCCAUGGUCACACAAAAAACAACCUCUACACCACUUCUGCACUUGUUAUCAAUUUUACACGCAGUCUAGUAGUUCACAAACAACACACCCACUAAUAAUACGGAAAAUGUUAUACUGUAGUUUGCGCCAAACAACACCUGGUAUACGGAUCUUAGUAGAUCAGGCCCUAAAGAUGCUAUCACAAUCCAUUGUAGGCCAAACUAAAUUAUCUGUCAAAUGAAAUCAGUCUAAUAUUUGAUAUUGUAUCUCAUUAAUAAAUAUGUAUUUGUAUUUUUAGAACAUGCCGAGGACCAAUGAAAAACGAGCUACUUGUUGAAAAUGACGGAAUUUCCGGUAGGCAUACCAGAAAAACGAUUAACAUGAUGCACUCAAAGCAUGCAGUUAAGUUUGUGUGGUUCCCCCCAGUGUGCUCUUUAUUUCUUAUUUCAAAUGUUUUCAUAUCCUCCGUCUUUGUCUUGAGAACAGACAAAGACGGAGUAAUAAAUUCAUAGGAGUGG